CUGAACAGCUAAAUGUUUGUUUUGAGAAGCUGUUUGGAUGUGACUCACAAGAUGAUGAUUCAAGUUAAAGGGCAGGAAAGUCCAAAACUUGUUUCUUAAAAAGCAAUAUUCUUUACAAACACUUUGGAAGUAAAUGGAGGAGAGAGUCUUUUCAUGAGCUCAAGAAAACCAAAAGAGGACUGAUCAUACUGUCAAAACCAGCAUGAACACAUCAGAGCUGGCGAUGUAUGACUAUGAUUACAACUCCACCUGCGAGCAGGAUCCUGAUGAAGAUUUUCCGAUCGGACCCACAGUCUUGCAAGUUCUUUACUAUGUGCUGUUUUGUCUCGGUCUGCUGGGUAACAGCACGGUUGUCUGGGUUGUCCUGCGGUACAUAAAGCUGAGAACGAUGACGGAUGUUUGCCUCCUGAACCUGGCUCUGUCUGACCUCAUGCUGGCCUUAUCCCUGCCAAUCUGGGCCCACAAUUUCCAGACACUUGCAUCAUGCAAACUGGUGACAGGAGUCUAUCAGCUGGGUUUUUACAGCGGCACGUUGUUUGUGACCUUAAUGAGCGUGGACCGCUACCUGGCCAUCGUCCAUGCUGUGGCUGCCAUGCGAGCCAGGACACUUCGCUAUGGGAUCAUAGCUAGCGUCACUAUCUGGCUUAUCAGCAUCGUCAUGGCAACACCCCAGGUGACAUUUGCCUCCUUGGAGAGGAAUGAGGAUGAUGAAGUUGAGUGCCAACCACUGUAUCCAGAGAACACGCAGCAGUUCUGGCAAUUGCUGCGAAACUUCAGUGAGAUCACAGUGGGCCUUUUCGUGUGCCUACCAAUUAUGUUUUUUUGCUACAUAAAUAUCCUAGUUGCCCUGUCCAAGUCCAGGAACUCCAACAAGAACAAAGCUGUAAAGUUAAUUUUCAUCAUAGUGUGUGUGUUUGUGGUGUGCUGGGUCCCCUACAACGUCACAGUCUUCCUUCAGACACUGCAGCGCUUUCAUAUCCUCAACAACUGUCACGCUUCGAAAGCCAUGAACUUGGCCAUGGGCUUUACUGAGAUCAUUGCACUGGCUCACUGCUGCCUCAAUCCAGUCAUAUAUGCAUUUGUAGGGGAGAAGUUUAGAAAGUCACUGCGCAAAAUGCUCACUGUAUACUUCUGCUGGACUAACAAGGGUAGCAGCUUUACAGAGAAGGAGACAUCCAACACACCUGUGAGAUCAGAUCACUAAGUGUGUGUGUGUGUGUGUGUGUGUGUGCGUGUGCCUGGUAUUCCUUAUGUCACAUUAUGGGGACUUGUCUUCCUUAUGGGAACAAAAAUGAAGUCCCCAUGAUGUAAAUGACUACAUUUUAUGGUGAGGACAUGUUUUAAAGUUAGGCUGAGGUUAAGGUUUAGGUUAAGGUUAAGGUUAAGGUUAUGGUCAGGGUCAGGAUUAGGUUAAGAUUAAGGUUAGGAUUAGCAGUUACCAGUAGUAGUUAUGGUUAAGGUGAGAGUAAGUCUCCAGGAAAUGAAUGUAAGGCAAUGCAAUGUCCUCUGAAGUCAUGGAAACCAGUGUGUGGGCGUGUGUGUGUGCGUGCGUGCAUGUGUGCGUGCGUGUGCAUGUGUAUAAAAUGAAAAUGUACAGAAUGUUGAGAAAGAUGUUUCCAGAUCAUUUGAUUCAAAGUAUAUUCAUAACUUGGGUAACUGAAUGUUUUUGAAAAGUUUA